AUGCAUUGUCUUAUCCCUGGUGCCGUAACUGGUAAUGACCAAAUUACAACUAGUUCAACAAAUACUGCGAUCAAUGCAGAUCAUAGUCAUCUUACAAAUGCUAAAGUUAUAAGACAAAUUUCCGAUAUGUGGAAAAAUGGAACUGAAGAAGUUCGAGGUCCUCAAGUAAUACAACAAAUAAAACAAUAUCUGGAAAAAAGUACUGAUUCAGCGGUCUCACAAUUAACAAUGAAUAAGAAUAACGGGUUCAGUAUGCAAUCAUCUUCAUCUAUCAUAUGUCUUCAUAAGUAUGCAAUAAUUGAUAUUCCGAAUCCGAAAAUUCUUUUGUUGACAUCUCAUUUUACAGAUAACCCUAAGGAAUUCGUUAAUUCACCUGAUCAAAUGCAGUUGCGUGAAAACGAGUUCGUCAACAACAAAUACGAAAAAUCAAUUUUACGUUAUGAAGAUUUCAACAACAGCAAUAUCAUCAUCAAAGUAAUACUCACAAUUUUCAAUUCGCAUCUAUUAACUUCUUUCCAUCAUGGCAAACGAUAUACACAUUAUCAGACGGUCGUUAGUUCUCAAUGUGCACAACGGCAUGAUAGCAAAAAUGAUCCUCAUAUCACACUUACUGGUUCCGUCUCAUCAGUUACAAUAUUUACCCCAAAGUAA